GAAGGUUUUCAUAUGCGGUCUGACUGAAGGUAGCGGUGCUUUGUUCUUCAUGACAUAAAACUCAGGUGUGUGUGUGAAACAUGCAGUUCUAUGUAACAUUUGUGGCUGUGUUAAUCAUCCACAAUGCAUUGGGAGCUUAUGAAGACACUCGGUGUAAAUGUGUCUGUUUGCUUCCAGCCUCUGUCACUAAUGAAACCAAGUCUACGAAGAAAAUAUUUGUAAAAGCGAUUUCUUCAGAAAAAUGCACUUGUGAAUAUAUGUUACAAAAUGACAAACGUUUUUGUCCUUUUUGUGAGUGCAAAUUCCAAGUUCGAAAUACUACGACAAUCAAGGUUGUAGUUUGUUUCAUUUUGACAAUUAUUUCAGCAUUGAUUCUAUACAUGCUAUUUCUACUGCUUCUUGAACCACUCUUAUCGACAAGACGUUUAGGGCAUAAAACAAUGGUUAAUAUUGGAAUGUGUUCAGAAUCGCAUCAGACUGUAAACUCUACUGUAGAACAAGAUAAUAUUGGUAAGGCGGCUGGUGAUAUAAGAUCACCAAAUUCAUGGAGUACAAUGAAUAUGCCUGUAACUACUGGUAGUAGUAGUAGUAAUAGUGGAGUUGGCGAUAAUUCAUCAUUUUCAUCAAAAGCAUUCGAUAAGGCGGUGAUUUGGAAUAAGUCUCAGCUGAAUUCUGAACAACUGAUCAAUUCAAAUUUGAGAAUAAUUACAGCUCCAUCGAGUCGUGGACGUGUACGUCAUCGUACUGCCGGUUCAUUACAUGAUCAACACGUUGACGAUUCAAAUUCACUGCAUCUUACUCCAAUUCCAAGUACAUCUGUUGGUAUGUCAAAUGUCGUGAAUCGUGUUCGUGAUCAACAACAACGUUGGAAAGGAAAUGUUGAAGCGCAACGUGCUCGUGUAUUCAGUGAACGCAGUUUAUUGAAUUAAUUCAUCUGAAUUAUUUCGGUUGAUUCAUACAUAUACAUAUAUCUAUAUUUUAUUAUGUGCAUUUCUUUCCAUUAUUAAAAUGAUUUUCUAAUCUACCUACCUACCUACCUAUCUACCUACCCAUCUCUCUUUCGAUCUAUCUACCAUGUGAUAAUUUUUGUUUAAGCCAUAGACGACAGAAAAUUUUACGGUUAACAGUGCUGUUUUGUAUUUGAUGAGUUAACAACUUUGAAGCUGUUGAUUUUGUCUUUUUAUUUUCAUGUACGUCUGUGUUCAUCAUCUUCCGUCUCCCCUGUAAUCAAAGGUGAGUGAGGAGAAACAAAAAAAAAGAAUCAUUUCCUUUCAUCUUAUCAUCAAAUUUCUCUUUUUUUUUUAAAUUUAUCAUACACACUACUUAUAUAUAAACUUCAGUCAUAUAUUGAAAUUGCUUUAUUCUCUUAAUCUUACACAGCGUAAUGUACAACGUUUAUUUCAGGUUUCUAAGGUGGAUAAACUUCAUUCGAUUUGGUUA